UAUUUAGGUGUAUAUCAUCAUUAUAUCUUUUUUAAAUUUUAACUUAUAAUGCGUUUUUUAUAAUUUAAUUCAUAACCACGGAAGAAAUAGAAACUAUGGCAAUUCUGACAGACGAACUCAUUUUAACCAAAUCGAGUGCAAAAUCUGUUGUUGAAGUUCGAAACUUGAAUUUAUGGGGUUGCGAACUAGACGACAUUGGAACAUUGAAAAAUUGUAGUAGCUUAGAAACACUAAGUUUGAGUGUAAAUAAUCUCACUUCUCUGGAACAACUUUCCGAAUGCAAAGGAUUAAAAGAACUUUAUCUGCGAAAGAAUUUUAUUAAUGAUGUUGAACAAGUGAAACAUCUUACUACUUUAAGAAAUUUAGAAGUACUUUGGUUAUGUGAUAAUCCAUGUGCCGAUGAUGAAACGAAAUAUCGAAGCAUAGUACUAAGAUAUUUACCUUGGUUAAAAAAAUUGGAUCAUCAUGAUGUUACAGAUGAAGAAGUCCUCGCUUCAAUGAGUAGCUUACCAUCUACGAUGCCUCCUAAAAUUCGUAACCGGUUGACUUCAAGUAAAAGUUCAUCUAAUGAAGGAUUGAAUGAAAACGAGUUUUCAAAAAAAAACGGAAAUAUUGAUAGUGAUAAUGAUUUCACAUCGACAUCUUCAGAUAAUAUAGGCACAAAUUUAUUCAAAAGUUCAUCCUGGACACCUAAAACAAAUUAUGAUCUUGAUUCGUUUUAUAAAUCGCCUAAACCUAUUAGAGUAAAUCCAAAUGGGAUUUUAUCUUUUCAAGGAAAUGGUCAAAAUAGUCCUCGUGCACGAUCACCUGCUAUAAAUUCAAAUCGACCACCAUCACGACCGCCAUCACGACCACCAUCACGACCACCAUCACGAACACCACCACCUUCACAAGAAGGUGGUAUUAAGUUAGUAAAAUCAAAAUCUAAUAAUGGAAGUUCUAAGACAAAUGGAAUUGGUAAUCUCCAACCUAAGUCACCGGGAAAGGCAACGUCAGCUCCUUUAAGUAGGGCACCAUCUCGAACUCCUCCUCCAAAAUUGAGUAAUAUUAGUGAGGAUAUCAAUAUUAAAGGUGAUCCACGGCAGCAUUCAAAUGUACUUACCGCCGUUCUCGCUUUGAUGGAUGAACUUGAAGAAAAAGAUUUGCAUGUGGUGCAAAGAAAACUACAAUUGGUUAUGUUAAAUCGACAAGGAAAACCGGGAAAAAAAUGAAAAAAUGAAAUAAUUUAAUAUUAUUAAAUAAUUCAAUACUUUUUAAUCAUUAAUCUGAUUUAUAAAUAUAUAUAAUAUUAAUUAGAUUUAAACUUAUUAUUAUACAUUAAU